AGCUGCGGCCGUUCCAGUCGCUGCCGUUCUCAUCGCUCUCGGCCGAACCCUUCGCCCUCGGUGGCCACCCCGGGGUGGCGCUGGCCCAGCCCCGCAACGGAGCCUGCGCCCUGCUGGAGUGGGACCAGCUCGGGGGGAAAUUCCGGGCGCCCACCGUCAUCAACUGCUCCUCCCCCGUCGCCUGCCACCCCAUCACCAUCGGCCCCACCCUCCUGCUGGUGGUGGCCCAACUGUCCGGCGGUUCCUGGGUGUGGCGCCGGACGUCCGGCCCGGGCUCUCCCUUUGUCCUGCACCAAUCGCUGGGCUCCGGCCACCUCCUGCAGCCCCACGCCGUGUCCAGCGCCCGCCUCUCCGGCCACCUGUACCUGGGAGUGGCCGACAGCUCCAAGGCCGGCCGGAGCACCGUGUUCCGCUGGACGUCCGGCGGCUUUUACCCUCUGCAGCCGCUGCGGCCGUGGCAGCGCGACACCCACGUGGAGUUGCUGCCGCUGGCCGGACGGCCGGCCGCAGUGGUGUCCAGCGCCGGCCGGAGACCGGCCGUGUACCGCUGGAGCGGCCAGAGCUUCGUCCAGCACACGGACAUCCCGCACGCGCCGGACGCUUAUGCGGUCAAGCACUUCCUGAUGGACGGGAGUGUGUACCUGUGCUCCAUGUUCCGCGAGGUCCAGCAGGUUCCGGCGCGUGGCUCUCUCGUGUUUCAGCCACUGACCAUCUCCGGCCAGCGCCUCGUCCUGCUGGGCAACGACUUCGGCCCGAGCCGCGUGUUUGGCCUGGGCCCGGGCGGUCAGCUGCUCUCUGGCCAGGAGCUGACCRCCCCCACKCCGCGCGCCUUCGUCCCRCUCAGCCUGGGCCAGCGGCACUUCCUGCUGGCCACCAGCUUCAAGGGGGCCACGCAGAUCUACAGCCACGCCAGCGUGGACAUUGGGACAUGAGGGGACAGCGGGGGACAGUGACCGCCACGCCAUCGUGGACAUCGGGACCUGAGGGGUCAGUGGGGAGAGUGACCACCACGCCAGCGUGGACAUUGGGACAUCUGGGGAUGGCUGGGGACAUCAUAGGGACAGUGACCACCAUGCCAACGUGGACAUCGGGACAUGAGGGGAGAGUGACCAGCACGGCAGAGUUGACACAGGGACAUGAGGGGAGAGUGACCACCACACCAGCGUGGACAUUGGGACGUGAGGGGACACUUGGGGACAGUGGUCAUCAUGUCAGAGUGGACACUGGGACAUCUGGGGAUGGCUGGGGACAUCAUGGGGACAGUGACCACCAUGCCAGCGUGGACACGGGGACAUGAGCGGACAGCGGUCAGCACAGCGGAGUGGACAUUGGGACUGCUGGGGAUGGCUGGGGACAUCRUGGGGACAGUGGUCAUCGUGUCAUUGUGGACAUUGGGACAUGAGGGGACAUCAAGGGGACAGUGUCCACCAUGUCCGCGUGGACACGGGGACAUGAGGGGACACUUGGGGACGGCUGGGGACAGUGGUCAUCAUGGGCAUUGUGGACAUUGGGACAUGAGRGGACARUGUCCACCAUGGUGUCCAAUGUCCUCAAGGUCCUCAAUGUCCCCAAGGUCACCAGUGACACUGUGGACAUUGGGGAUAUCCGGGGACACCUGGGGACUGUGUCCACCAUGGCGCCAUGGGCAUUGGGACAUCUGGGGAUAGCUGGGGACCUCUGGGGACAUUUGGGGACAUUUGGGGACACUUGUGGACAUUGGCCACCAUGGCACCGUGGACACUGGGAUAUGAGGGGACAUUUGGGGACAUUUGGGACAUUGUCCACCGUGGAAUCCUGACCAAUGAGAUUUUUGUUUCUGCCUCGCCAUUGGUUCAUCAUUGCUGGAAGCCCCGCCCCCUCCCUGUGAGGUUCUGCCCCUCAGCCAAUCAGAGCAGAGGAAACGCCCCCUGCUGGGCAGCGGGAGCCACGCCC